AGCACAGAAGAUUCGGAUUUCCAUACCCUCUUACUAGGUCCAAGGCCUAAACAGUUCCCAACCCUGAGCAAUGGCGGACAAAAUCGAUAAAGUCUAUGAGGACGCUGUUUCCUCCGGACUGCUCCCGGGCGUCUCAGUGAUUGCAGGUGAUAGAGAUGGCAACGUCUUGUAUUCCAAAUCGCUCGGCAAGGCGAGCCUGAAGGAGGGCAGGGACCUGCCGUUCAUGCCGUCAACGAUUUGCAGUGUCGCGUCCAUGAGCAAGCUCAUGACGACUGUGGCCGUCCUUCAAGCUGUCGAGCAGGGAGCACUAGACUUGGACAAGGACGUCAGACCCAUGUUUCCCACCAUGGGCCAGUACGGCAUCAUCACGGCCUUUGACGAUGAAACAAACUCGGCCAGCUUCAAGCCUGAUUCGACCCCCAUCACUCUGCGAAUGUUGCUCACGCAUACGUCGGGUAACGAGUACGAUUGGAUGAACCCGCUCCUCAUGAAAUGGCGUGCCUCUCGUAACGAGAUGCCGUGGGGUGGGCCGACCGUGGAGGACAAGGCAGCGAUCCCGCUCGCCUAUGUCCCCGGGACCAGCUGGGCCUAUGGUCCAGGACACGACUGGGCCGGCAAGGCAAUCCACCUUGCCACCGGUCUGACCCUCGAGGAAUUCAUGCGUCGGCACAUGUGGACGCCGCUGGGAAUCGAAAACGACACCUCUUUCUGGCCCAAGACGAAUCCGGCCAUGAAAGGGCGUUUGGCCGAUCUGAGUACUCUCAACGAGAAGGGUGAGCCGCCCGCGGUGGACGAUCCCACGUGGGAUAUGCUGCGCGGUGGCACCGAGUGUCUCGGCGGUGCGGGCGUCUUUACGUCUGCACAGGCGUACUACACCUUCCUCUCGGCUGUGUUCCGCCGCGACCCUCGGCUGCUUAAAGAGGAGUCGUACACGGAGCUGUUUCGCCCGCAGCUCGACAGCACCGCUGAGCAAGCUUUGAACGAGUAUUUGGCCCUCUCGCCGGCUCACACGCAGUUCCUGGCGUUAGGAAUCCCACAUACCGUAAGGAAGACAUGGUGCUUGGCGGGAUUGCUGUGUCUAGACGGCCAGGAAGGACGGUUCAAGAAAGGAACCACGUUUUGGGCUGGUGUGCCCAGCACCGUGUGGUUCAUGGACCAUGAGGCGGGCAUUUGUGGAACAGCUCUCUGCCAAAUUCUGCCGCCUAUGCUCCCUGCAGUCAUAAAGCUGCAUGAGGAGUUCCAGCGGGGAGUUCUUGCAAUGGCCGGGAACAAGUAGCUGUACACGGUAGUCGUAGUCCUCGGAUCCAGGGUAGGCAAUUUACUGGUCGACAGUUGUUUGCACUGGAUGCUUUCUUGCCAUUGGGAAUGCUCUCUUGGCUCCAGUCGGAAGCCUCAGUCACUCCAGGUCCACUCCAGGUAGUGCGGUUGUUUCGGGCGGCAUUGGACGUGAGAGGAUGUAAAAUGUGUAUGGCCCCCGAUUGGCGCCCCUUUCCUGCUGUAAUCCGGUGUUGGUCCAAACAAGCACACACUCGGUAAUCGGGAUCGUUCGUUUGUUCAAUGACAACAGCCGAUGCAGGGUGUGUGCAUUUGUUGGGGCUGGAAGAAAAUCGUUAACAAAUUAGAUGGGAUGAGGUUUAUGAGGGAGUUGCCCUAUGCAAUUAAUGGAUGUGACAUGUUGGUUCUAGACUUC